CCCGCUAAAUUAACGGAUGAGGUUGAGAAACGCACUCAUCAUUAAAUGCGAUUAUCUCCUCUUCGUGUGACACUCAUCCGUAAUGAAGGAAGACUGAAUAUAAAGGUCAAAAUGGGAAAAACUAUAAUUUAGUGGCCCCAAUAAUCCGUCAAACGUCGAGAAUUGCGAAUUAGGAACAAAACAUUUUCUACGCGAAGUUUCGAAGACUAGCUUAAGUUCCGCCAUGCUUUCAAUAGGUCGUUUAUGGCGUGCGAUAUCUCGCAAGAAGACGAUAGAUCCCCAUCGACUGCAGGACACAUCACUUGAAAGAUGUCUCAGUGUCGUGGACCUUGUCUCUAUCGGUGUAGGAAGUAGUCUGGGAGUAGGAGUAUAUGUGUUGAUACCGCAGAUUGCUAGAGAACACGCAGGACCAUCAGUGAUGCUAUCAUUCCUCUUCUCAGCUGCAACCUCUGUCUUGGCUGGCUUUUGCUAUUCUGAACUAGCUGCCCGGGUCCCAAGGGCUGGGUCCUCUUAUAUAUUCUGCUACGUCAGUGUUGGUGAGCUCUGGAGCUUUGUGAUUGGUUGGAAUAUGAUCUUGGAGAACGUCAUCGGAGCGGCGGCUGUAGCUAAGGCUUGGACACAAUACUUUGACUCCAUGUUGAAUGACACAAUAAAAGUAUCCUUAGAGGAGCACGCUGGGCUGGUGGCUGGACCAGGGAUGUCAUCUUACCCCGACUUUAUCUCUAUGCUACUUUUACUUUUUAUGACAAUACUCAUUGCAUCCGGGAGUAGAAUCUCAUCAAUCAUGAGCUUUGUCUUCACGGUCUUAAACAUCCUGGUUAUAAUGUGUAUUGUCUGCGUGGGGAUCUUCCAUGCUGACAGAGCCAACUGGAGUGCGUCGCCGGGAUUCUUCUCGCAUGGAUUCCAUGGAGUUGUGUCUGGUACUGCAUUGUGCUUCUACGCAUAUGUUGGCGUAGACACUAUCGCUACAUCUGGAGAAGAAGCCCGUAGACCAACUCGCUCAAUACCUUGUGGGAUAUCCAUCUCAUUGUUGAUAUGUUUCAUAGCGUUCUUCAGUGUUGCGGCAGUUAUUACUCUCAUGGUACCGUCAUCCAGUAUUCCACUCGAGGCAGCACUACCCCGGAUCUUUGGCAAGAUGAGCGUGACUGGUGCCCAGUACGUCAUCGCAAUAGGUGGACUGUGUGGCCUCACUGCCUCCAUCAUUGGUGCUCUUUAUCCAUUACCAAGACUUAUAUUUGCUAUGGCACGAGAUGGGUUAAUAUUCAAGUUUUUGAGUUAUGUAUCGGAUACAAGCAAGAGUCCAAUACUGGCUGCUAUGGUUUCUUCUAGUCUGUCUGCCUUAUUAGCAACUCUACUCAAUCUACCGACGUUGGUGGAGCUUAUGGCAAUAGGUACACUGAUGGCUUAUGCUAUGACAGCCGGAUGUGUGCUUGUUUUGAGAUACCAGCCUGAACAUAUGGGACUAUCUAGGGAGCACCAGCAUCAGAAUAUAGGCAUAAUACAUGAAGAUAGUACAUUGUCAGCAAACACUAUUAGCCAUAUACAGCGACAACUAAGUGAGAACACGGGUUUAUUAAAUACACCAACGGCGUCAAUUAAAGCAAAGUAUAAUCCAGAUAACAAUACGUCUGAAACGACACUCUAUAAAAGAAUUCAACCACAGGAUGAAGGUGAAAUAAGUAAAUAUGGAUCUACUCCGGAUAACAGCAGUUCAAUUAUAUCAAGCAAAGAGCGUUCAAAUUCCGAUACUGAUACUUCUAAGAAACAUCAGGAAUACCCAUCUGAGUAUAAGGCUAUGGAAAUACAUAGUAACAAUUAUAAUGUAGAUGAAAUUCAAUGCGAGUCUAUCGAUGAACAGGAAGAAGCACCACAAGGUAGCACGUAUCAACGAAUUGGUAGUUCAUUUAGUGUAAGCAGCUUUGGUAGCAUCUUUAAUACUGGUGAUGACUACUGUUCGGAAGCUACGGAUCAUUCUAAAAGAAUCUCCUUGGCCAUUAUCCUUCUUAUACUUACAAUUUGGAUUGGUAUAUGUGUGGUAGCCAUCGCUGGCCAGGAUCACACUGGCACUUGGUGGGCAGUAUUGCUUUUCUGUACACUUGGGGUCAUCAUAAUAUGCCUGAUGUCGAUUCUCAUUCGACAACCAGUGAAUAAAACUAAACUCAUAUUCAAAGUGCCCUUCGUGCCAUUUCUUCCAUUGACAUGUUUGUUUCUGAGCGUGUUCUUCAUGUUGUCCCUUAGUGCUUCCACCUGGUUAAGAUUUGGAGUGUGGAUGUUUCUAGGCUUCGUCAUGUACUUUGGCUAUGGUAUUAGGCACAGUAAAGAGGCAGCAAUAGACAAUCCUGAAAUAAUCCUUUACGACGUAUCGGACAAACAAAGUAUUAUAUCGAACAAUGAUGUUGCAAAGUAAAACGGCAAAUCAGAUAUAGAAUGUAUACGUAAAGAACGUGGUUCUGAAAGUGAUUUUGCAUAAAAUGCGUCUUUAUUCACAAUGCCCAGUUGCUAUUUUGUAUCAUAAUCAUAUUAAGAGUCGAAGGUGCAACGGGAUAAUACUAAAUUAGCAAAUA